AUGUCGGUCUAUCGACAGCUCUCCUUCCUCGUCGGCUGUCUCAACUGGCUGAUCCUCUGCACCGGCUCGGUACUCCUCCAAGAGAACGCGACCAAGGUCGACCAAGUCGUGCCCAGAAUCUUGUCGCGACCUAAGAGGUACUUGAUUUUUCCGCAGGGUAGUAAUUUUCAGUUAGUGUAUUGUCUGACUAUUGGGGCGUACGGCCGAGACGGUGAUUUGGUCCUGGGACUGACAGCUGCCUUAGCCUGGGAACUUCCGAAUCAGGUCGACUCAAAGAUAUCGAAUUUGCUUCACCGUAGAAGCCGGGCCGUCGUAUAUCCGAAAAUGGAGGCUUUCUUGCAGUCCACCGGCCUCGACGGUAGAUCCUGCGUGAUGAGGGCACUCUGCGAGGCGGGCCAACGAGAUCCCUCCCGAGUAGGCACAGGCACCUUUGUCCAGGAACUCCUCCACGCAAUUUUCACAUUGCCGAGAGACGGCGGCAGAUUCGACCGAUCCGAAGACCACGCUUACGAUCGCGCGUACGAGACGGGCGGAAGCUGCGAACGGCUGUAUCCCACGUGUCGCUACUCUAUUUACGACGUGGACUUUUGA